CCCCCUCUAUUUAGAAGUCUUUCGGCAGAUUUUCCUUCCCAUUUAUAUGUACAUAUUUCUACCUCCGGCUCUCAAGUCCACGCAUAAAGCAACCGAAUUUCAAAAUUAGUGCGGACUUAACGACAAAAACACCACUACGCCCCAUGGCGAGCGAUUCCUCCGUCAUCUGCGCCUCCUUCAAUCAAGACAACAGCUACUUUGCUGUAGCCACGAAGGAUGGGUUUAAGAUAUUCGAUGCGAGCAAUGGAAGGCUGUCCUAUGAGAGAAUUACUGGUGCAUUUAGCAUUGUUGAAAUGCUAUUUAGCUCAAAUCUUGUUGCUAUAGUUGGAGCAGGGGAGCAGCCUUUCUUAUCCCCUCGUCGCCUAUGUAUGUUCAAUACUGUUACUGGAGUUCCGCUGCGAGAACUAAAUUUUUUGACAUCAAUCCUGGCUGUUCGCAUUAAUAGGAAAAGGCUUGUUGUUGUAUUGCAGGAUAAGACUUAUAUUUAUGACUUCAACAGCAUGACUAUCCUGGACGUGAUAGAUACUGUGCCAAACACCAAAGGGCUUUGUGCAUUUGCUCCUAAUUCAGAGGGUUGCUAUUUGGCUCUUCCAGCAAGUACAACCAAAGGAUCUGCUUUAAUAUACAACACAAUGAAGUUGCAAUCAUUUUGUCAGAUUGAUGCUCAUCGUUCGCCAUUGGUUGCCAUAGUCUUCUCAUCAAGUGGCAUGUAUCUAGCAACAGCUUCAGAACAAGGAACAAUAAUCAGAGUGCAUCUUGUUUCACAAGCAACACAGUCAUAUAGUUUUAGAAGAGGAGCAUACUCUUCAACAAUCUAUUCACUUUCUUUUGGACCAUCAAUGGAACUUCCAGAUGUUCUUGUGGCUGCUAGCUCAUCAGGCUCUUUGCAUAUCUUUUUUCUCGGAUCUAUGAUAGAUCACCGGACUCGAAGAUCCAAUACAUUGCUUGGUUCAGUGAUCCCUGACUCAAUAAAUGAGGCCUUGGAACCUGCUUAUCAUCAUGUCAUUCAUGAUGUUGUUCCUGUAGGAGUUAAAAGUACCUUGUUGAUACACAGCGUAGACAAAAGCUUAAGUGCUACCAAUGUUGGAUCUUUGAGGGCGUCUAUAUUCGUCAUCACUUACAAUGGAUACUUCCGUGAGUACAAUCUGAAAACCACUAAAUUAAAUGGAUCGGUGUGGAGCUUGGAACGGGAAUUUAAUCUUAUAGAUACAAUAGACGAGAGGGACCAUACUGACUGAAAACCAUGAGAAGAGAUUUUAAGUUUUCAUCUUCAAUUUGACCUCAACUUGCAGUCUUCUGACAAAUGCUUUGGUGGCUGAUGCCCUGUGCUCUCAGAGUGCCAUAUUUUGAAAACAGGACGAACUGCAGAUAAUAUCAACUAUGUUUGUCCUGGAUCCCAGAAAAGAAGAUGCAUACUCUCUGCAUUAUGUGAUUUUUUACUGAGAUGGCGUAUAGUUAUGUAGAUAUUUUCUCAUUCUACUGUUUAACGCAAGACGUAACAGAUUAUUAGUUUACGACGACACAAGAAAUGAAAUAAAAUUUGUAUAGUAAAAGGGUUA